GGAAAAAGAUCAUUGUUCCGAGGCUGAAACUUGAAAGGAAAAUCUCUUGUCUAUUAAAAUAUUUAGUAAUCGUAUAUACUCAUUAUUUACUCUUUGAUUUUAAAGUGGAUUGAAAUUGUGUUUACUGUUUAUGACUUUUUCAUACAACGAAAAUGAUUGCGUCUAAAACUUCAAGUUCAUAAUAAAAGUUUAAAGUAAAGUCUGCCUCACUGAAAUCCGAGUUUAUGUUAAAUGUCAAAUAGUUCCUUAGGUCAAGCUUCCAAUAUGCCAACUCUAGGAUCGUUAAACUCUCAAGGCAUUCAAUACGUGAACAACCCACUUAACAGUCCUCAAAUACAGUCUGCAUCCUUACAAGGAUCCCCUUCGCAGCACAGCCCUAUGGGUACCCAGCCUCAGGUCGGCUCCAAAGUAAAUCAAGGAGGCGGCGAUCAGGCUUCACAGUAUCUGACAAGACCCCGCCUCCAAGAGCUUGUGAGGGAAGUAGAUCCUACAGUACAGUUAGAUGAAGAGGUGGAAGAAACCCUCCUUCAAUUGGCAGAUGAUUUUAUUGACACUACGCUGAAUGCAGCAUGCACAUUGGCCAAGCAUAGACAUGCUCCCAAUGUGGAGCUUCGAGAUGUACAGAUAUACUUAGAAAGGCAAUGGAAUAUGUGGAUUCCAGGAUUCGGCAACGACGAGCUGCGGCCUUACAAACGCGCCGCAGUCACGGAAUCACAUAAACAGAGAAUGGCGCUCAUCAGAAAAACUCUUAAAAAGUACUGAAAUCUGGAAAAAAAUUCUUCCUUUUAUGAUGACUGUAUAAUAUAGGUAUCAACAUGCCUCCAAUUUAAUUAGGCACCAAGUAAUAUGUAACUGUAUUAUUAUGGACAUAAAGUAACUUAAGUAGUAAAAUUACCAGAAAAGUAACACCUGCAUCUAUUAAUAAGGUACUUUAUGAUGGGAUUUACUUACACAGAACGAAACGGAAACAAAUUAACCUUUUUUAAUAGUUUAUCUUAAUACAUACUACUUCAGCCAGCUCUCCUAGAAUGUUUUAUAAAACAUUGAUUUACAACUUGAUAUGAGGUGAACAAGGUGCGUUUUACUUUCAUGUGUUAUGAUACUCAUAGUACUAAUUGCUAGUGUCCUCUAAUCGUGUUGAGUUGUUUUAGAAUAAUAUUAUGUACAAACAUUUAAAUAACCUACCUACUCUUUUCAUCUCAGAAAUAAACACAUUAAAUUAAUAAC